AUGGCCGAGCGUUUGAGGGAAAAUGCUGAGGAAGCCGCUGACUUUGAGACGGCGAUCGCUGAAUGUGGUUUUGGGCUGUUCAAUGUGUUCAUCCUGUGUAGCGCCAUUCCCUGCCUCACGGCGAUGGUAUUUUCGGCCUCUGCACUCUCCUAUGUGAUGCCUUCCGCAGAAUGUGACCUUAAUCUCAGCAUUGUGGAUAAGGGAAUGCUGCAUGCGGUGACCUAUGGGGGUAUGAUCAUCUCGGCCAUACCAUGGGGAUUCAUUGCAGACACCGUCGGCCGUAGACCUGUACUCAUCUCCGGGGGCUGGCUGGAUGGAUUCUUUGUUCUGUGUGCCUCCUUGAGUCAGGACACCGCUCAGCUGAUGGCAUUUAAGUUCUUUGAUGGAUUUAUCAUCUGCGGUCCUUUUGCGGUGGUGGUCAGUUACCUGGCCGAGUUCCAUGGCAAAAAGCACAGACCGUACAUCAUGCUGUUCGUGGGCCUCAGCGUUUCCUUCGGAUCGAUGAUUUUGCCUCUGUUGGCUUACGCUUUGAUGCCGGUGCCCAUCUCCUUCAAGGUGGCCACUUUGGAGUUUCGCACCUGGCAGGUAUUCCUGGCAAUUACAGCAGUACCCAGUUUGCUCUGUGGUUUGCUGCACAUCUUCCUGCCCGAGAGUCCCAAAUUUCUCAUGUCUCAGGGGAAUUAUAGAAAGGCAUUAGAUUCAUUGCAGCGUAUCUACAAAAUGAACAAGCGGAAGAGUAAAGAGGAAUAUCCGAUAAAACGACUAACAGAUCCAACUCCCGAUCGAUCUGCUGACCUCGAUGGAACUGGCCGCUCAUCAACAGUAAAGGAAAGAUUCAGUCGCGCUAAGGGAAAAUUCGGCGAGGGCUUAAGGCAGUUAAAGCCAAUGUUUUCCAAGCCCUAUUUGGCAAUAUCAUUGCUAGUAUACUGCCUGCAUUUCUGCCAGAUUAUGUGCGUUAACUCAGUCCGCCUGUGGUUGCCGCAGAUCUUCGCCACGAUGAAUUCGAUGGAGUCUAUGGGGGCCAAUGACACGAGUAUGUGCGCUGUCUUGGAGCACAAUGCCUUGGCGGUGUCCAUGAACGAGGAGGCCAAGAAGCGGGAGUGUGCACUACAUCAUGAUCGAGAUAGCUACUUGGAUAACAUUAUAGUGGCUGGAAUUGGCUUGGUCGGUUUCCUGCUCAUCUUUCCACUCCUCCGCAUCGGAGUUGUCUCGAGGCACAUACUGAAGGUGUUCCUAUUCAUCUGCAUUUUUCUGGUGGGCAGCCUGUACUUCGUGAAGACAGCACUGGUGACGAUGAUAGUUUCGGCCAUUUACCUAACCCUGAUGGGUAUUUGUGCCACCUCGAUUAUCGGCAUGUCUGUGGUGAUAUUCCCCACGCUAAUGAGGACAAUGGUGCUGAUGCUGAUCAUGACCUUUGGCAGACUCGGCUCUAUGAGUGGCAACCUUUUACUGCCCAUUUUCAUGCAACUUAACUGCCUGGCUCCGUUUCUCUGGCUGUGUUCUCUAAUGUCCAUUGCCUUUAUCUUUUCCGUGUUCUUGAAAGUUGACGAUCAGCAAUCGCUGAGCUAGUUCCUCGGAAUAUUUAUCCUGGUUGGUUUUAAUAGGCUUCUGGAUGAAUUAAUAAUCAACGCAAUCGACUGUGCGGUUAAUUCAACUUAAUUACACUUUAAUCA